AUGCAACCCGGGGCAGCCGCCGCUAUGGAGCCCGCGCCCGGCCCGCAGGAGAAGUAUCAGCUCAUCACGCGGAACCUGCAGGAGGUGCUGGGCGAGGACAAGCUCAUGGCCAUCCUGAAGGAGCGAGAGCUGAAGAUCUACUGGGGGACCGCCACCACGGGCAAGCCCCACGUGGCCUAUUUUGUACCCAUGUCCAAGAUCGCAGAUUUUCUGAAGGCUGGCUGUGAGGUGACAAUCCUCUUUGCCGACCUCCACGCUUACCUGGACAACAUGAAAGCUCCCUGGGAGCUGCUGGAGCUGCGCACCCGCUACUACGAGCACGUCAUCAAAGCCAUGCUGGAGAGCAUCGGGGUGCCCCUGGAGAAGCUCAGAUUUGUGCGGGGCACUGAUUACCAGCUCAGCAAGGAGUACACGCUGGACGUGUACCGGCUCUCCUCCGUGGUGACACAGCACGAUGCCAAGAAGGCAGGGGCAGAGGUGGUGAAGCAGGUGGAGCAUCCCUUGCUGAGUGGUUUGCUCUACCCAGGCCUGCAGGCGCUGGAUGAGGAAUAUCUCAAGGUGGACGCGCAGUUUGGAGGGGUGGAUCAGAGGAAGAUCUUCACCUUCGCAGAGAAGUACCUCCCUUCCCUGGGCUAUGCCAAGCGCAUCCAUUUGAUGAACCCGAUGGUUCCUGGGCUGACAGGCAGCAAGAUGAGCUCGUCAGAAGAGGACUCCAAGAUUGAUCUUCUGGACCGCAAGGAGGACGUGAAGAAAAAGCUGAAGAAGGCUUUCUGUGAGCCAGGGAAUGUGGAGAACAAUGGUGUCCUCUCCUUCAUCAAGCACGUGCUCUUCCCCCUCAAGUCAGAGUUUGUGGUCCUGCGAGAGGAAAAAUGGGGAGGAAACAAAACCUACACGGCCUACGAAGCCCUGGAGAAGGACUUUGCUGAGCAGGUUGUGCACCCUGGAGACCUGAAGAAUUCUGUGGAAGUGGCCCUGAACAAACUGCUUGACCCCAUCAGAGAGAAAUUCAACUGCCCAGAGCUGAAGCAGCUGAGCAGUGCUGCGUAUCCCACCCCAUCCAAAGCCAAGCCUGGAGAGAAGGGCACCAAGAACUCAGAGCCAGAGGACGUGGUCCCAUCCCGGCUGGAUAUCCGUGUCGGCAAAGUGAUCAGUGUGGAAAAGCACCCAGAUGCUGACAGCCUGUACGUGGAGAAGAUCGACGUGGGCGAGGCCGAGCCCCGCACCGUGGUCAGUGGCCUGGUGCACUUUGUCCCCAAGGAGCAGCUGCAGGACAGACUCGUGGUGCUGCUCUGCAACCUCAAACCCCAGAAGAUGAGGGGGGUGGAGUCGCAGGGCAUGGUGCUGUGUGCCUCUAGCGUUGGGGAGCCCCGUCAGGUGGAACCCCUGGAUCCCCCAGCCGGGUGCUGUGCCGGGGAGCGUGUCUACGUGGAGGGCUACGAGGGUGGGGAGCCCGACGAGGAGCUCAAGCCCAAGAAAAAGGUCUUUGAGAAGUUGCAGGCUGAUUUCCACAUCUCUGAGGAUUGUGUCGCACAGUGGAAGCAAAGAAACUUCCUGACCAAGCUGGGGACAGUGUCCUGUAAAAGCCUGAAGGGUGGCAGCAUCAGCUAACAAGUGCCAGGGCUGUUCUGCUGCCUCCUGCCUGACUCCUGCACCUCGGCCAGGCUCCUCCCAGUCAUCUCCCCACCAGUGCCCCAGUUGAGGGGCUCAGCCUGGGGGUCUCUGGGACUGAACUUGCAGCCUCUCACCCUGGGAGCUGCCUCCAGCAUCCCCCUGGGCCUCUGGGGACUGGAGGUGCCACCACACCCAAGGGACUCAUGUGACUCAUCCCCAUGGCCUUGACUCCCUGCUGUGCCAUGGACUGGACUCCGUGCCCACUGGGGUGGCCUGUGUGGGUGCUGUGGCGAGGGCAGAAGGGAAAAGCUGCUUCUCCAACCUUGUGUUGCUGCUACCAGAGCUGGGGACAGCCUAGCAAACCCCAUCCCCUGCUCCACCCCCAGCCCACCCAGCACUGUGGCCACUGGUGCUGCUCUUUGGCCAGGAGCCCAGGCAGCACCCGUGGGGCUAUCCCAAGCCCGUGGGGGGUGUGGGCCUUAAACACUGACUCGGGAACCAUCUGUCUGUCAUAAACCCAAUAAAAUGUUGAGCUGACUGCACGUGGCUGUGCCUGUCUGUCCAGGGGAGCUGGCAGCCAGCUCUGCUCUGGAGUUUUACUGGGCGCUGGUGCUGGGAGCCAGCCCAAGGGUGUUCCUGGAGCUCAGCACCACCCAGAAGGGACCUGCAACCAUAAACCAGGAAGAACAGGAGGCAGCAAGCUUCUGUUGUAAUUUUUACCAGCCAGGUACAGAGCUCUGAGCAGCUACUCGGCGGCAGAGAGUCGGUUGCUUUUGGUUUGGUUUAGUUUGGUUUGUUGUUUCGUUUGGUUUUAGUUUAGUUUUGGUUGGUUGUUUUUUUUUUUUUUUUUUAACAAUCAAAUCAAAAUGUGGCCCGAGUUUACAGAAACAGAAUCAAGGCUCUACCUCAGAGUCCAGGGCCAGCUCAAGGAGCAGCCAGGCCCUUCCUCCUGCUGGGCAGUGAUGAGUGGCCAGAGCUGGUGCUGGCCAUGAGCUCCUCUUGCCUUUCCAUUAAAAGCCAAAGCCCUGGUCCCUCCCAGCCAACACCUCCAUUCCCUCCUGUUCCUGUUUGCAUCUCCCUAGGCGCUGUCGUGGCCGAAUCCUUCCCAUUCCCUUGUCCAAAGUGCUUCCAUUCCUCACAGACCUGUCUGGCCAGCAGCUGUGGCUCCAGCUCCGGUGUCUUCGGCCCCCAAAUUCCUCUGGGUGUGGCUGCUCAACUCCAUA